CUCGUGAUCCUCGUAUCGCAGGUUUAGACACCACGUCCUCCAUUUUCUGGAUUUCCCCACCAUGGCCACCUGGCUCAUACUAGCCUUGGCUGCAGUUACCACAGCCUGGGCCAAAGUGAGUCCAAAUUUCAGUGACUGCCGAGGGCAGUUCUAUGCGGGUUCCCCGCCCCAGGGGUUCGAGAGCCUCUCCAGUCAGAGCAACGUUAUCGCACCCAUCUGCCAGAUGUACGAGACUUACAACAACCCCUUCUUUGCUUCUCUUUACCACAAAGGGAACCGGGUGCCCUUAUACUCGGCCUACAUCCUGGACUUCCGACCCGGUGACGUGACCGGCGAAGAUCUGACCUUCCGGCUGGAGCCCCAGCUGGUGGACACCAGGCUCCCCCAACAGAUCACGCUGCAGCCAGCGACAGAAACCGCCAUUCGUAACCUGGGCCUGCCUGGGGUGCCGGGGGAUCUGAUCCGACAGAACCAAGCCGUCAACUCGGAUUACACCGGGAGCAACUACCACAAGGGCCACCUGAACCCCAACGCUGACCACCCCGACGGCCCAGGGCAGGAGGUCACGUACACGCUGACCAACGUGGCCCCCAUGUACGGGUCACUGAACAGCGGCGCAUGGAGGUCCAACGAGGCCAAAGUGCGGAGCAUCGCGGCCACCUGCGGGAAGAUGUACGUCGUCACGGGAACGGUUCCGGGAAACAACUGGAUUUCUUUAAACGGGGUGAAGAGAAUUAACAUCCCCAGCCACGUCUGGAGCGCCUUCUGCUGCCUGGACAACAACAACCGGCCAAUCAGAGCCGAGGGCUCACUGGCCCCCAACAACGCCAACACGGUCCAGGCCGGCCUCAGUAUCUCCAGCCUCCAGAGCCAGCUGCGGUCUCUGCUGGGAGUCAGCGUCACCUUAUUCCAGAACAACUGUGUCUAGCGGGAGACUCGUGACCCCCAAUAAAGAUCUUUGCUCUCUGAA